ACUCCUUAUUAAAAAAAAAAAAAAAAAGUAAUGAUGUCUCCAGCGAAACCCCACCGCGGCUCACACCGCGGCUCAUUCCGCUCAACCAGAAACAUGUGGAUUUGUCAUCCGGGAGCGAAUAUGAGGAAGCAAUUCGAUGCGAUUCGGCUCGGACGAACUUCUCGGCAACCGUCUCCGCAGUAUAAAUAAUUAUAAAUACAGCUAUAUUUGCUGACACUUACACUUAACCUCCUGUAAACAAGUCUAUAUCGACGAGUCUAGUGCAUCAAUAAUUCCUGAACCAGUCCAAGUUAAUCCACGACAAUCUAAACAGUCAAGAUGGCUUCGUUCGGAAAGAUCUACUCGUAUCCUAAUAACCCCCGGGUUAUGAAGAUCCAAGCCGCCGGCAACCUCAACUCCCUCAACAUCACCGUCGACCCAAACUUCCAAAUGGGCGUGACGAACCGCAGCCCCGAAUUCCUGGCCAAGUUCCCCAUGGGCAAAGCGCCCGCGUUCGAAGGCACCGACGGCACCCUGCUCUUCGAGUCCGAUGCCAUCGCGCAGUACGUCGCCGAGAGCGGCCCCGCCAAGGACCAGCUGCUGGGCGCGUCGGCGGUGGAGCGCGCGCACAUCCGGCAGUGGAGCUGCUUCGGGGAGGGUGACGGCAUGGGCGCCGUGGUGCCGUUUGCGCUGUGGCAUAUGAAGCUGGCGCAGUAUAGUGCGGAGGAGCUGGAGGGCCAAUUGGCCAAGGUGGAGAGGGUGGUGGGUGCCGUUGAGGCGCAUUUGAAGGCUGGGGAUAGGAAGUGGUUGGCUACGGAGGAGAAGUUGAGUUUGGCGGAUAUUAGUGUCGCGGCGGCGCUGAACUGGGCGUUUGGGCUUCUCUUGGAUGAGGAGCUGAGGGCGAAGUAUCCUGCUGUGGUGGCGUGGUAUGAGAGGACCAUUGAGAGUGAGGGUGUGAAGCAGGCGUUUGGCGAGAAGAGGUUCAUUGACAAGAGACCUGCUUUUCAGUGAGUCUGUUUUCUAGCGAGAUCGGGCUUGAUGCCCAGUCGGAAUUAUGAGGAAUGAAUUUGAAUAUCAAAAAGAUAAUACGAUAUGAAUAUAGUGAAACACUGCUUUCAUUCACACGGGAUGGAGUAUCGUUAACAAUACACUAAUAAUGAUGCUUCAUUAUUUUCAUAUCAGGGCGAAGCGAUGCCCUCAACCUGUACACUUCCAGUGCCAAUCAAAGACGCGCCAUGAUGCCUCCCUCCUUGCUCAACGACCGGGCAAUGUUCUGGCUGGCCCAAUCGGCAAUGGCCAAGUUGGUUACCAUGGGAUUGACGCCACUGGCGCUGGGG